AUGACUUCCCCUGAAAACAUUGCAAAUGACGUAAGGGUUCAAAGGCAGGCGUGUCAGUUUGACUCCGGCGCAAUGAUUUGUGUGAGUUUCCGGCUGACCCUGCUGAUUCUCGGAUUAUGCCUGACACCGUGUGCAGGUGUGACGUACUACUGCCCAAAUGCUUACGACUACAGUCGCCAUGAUCCGUAUGCCGACGGAAUCCGGAUCAGCUCAGUUACAUCCCUUACAUUCCAGGUCAAAGGUAGAAAUGACGCGCACGUGUUGCUACAGAACGACCGUAACAAUUACAGAACCAAUGUUAUUGAAAUUGUUAUUGGUGGGUGGGGUAACAGCCAAUCUGUGAUCAGAAAUAGUCAGCAAGGAACUAACAGAGUGCGAUAUUCGGGUUCAGUCCUAAGUUCAAGCACUUACCGCUGGUUUUGGAUCUCCUGGGGUAGCGGAUGUAUACAGGUCGGGAAGGGCAAUUCAGUUGGCUCAAGCAGAAUCAUGAAUUGGUGCAGCUAUUUUCCAAGUAUGCAUGGUGUACGAUUCAGCUUCGGCUUUGGUAGCGACGGGUAUUUCGUAUUUACAAACCCUGUGCCACCAUGUCCAACACCUGGGUCCAUUUCGUAUGGUUCACGAAGUUAUACUGGAACAACUGACGGAAGUAGAGUAACGUACAGUUGUAACGCAGGUUACACGUUCACCAGCGGAAGUGCGUCAAGGACAUGUAGCAAUGGCGCGUGGAGCGGAAGUCAACCAACAUGUGGAGAUAUUGAUGAAUGUGCGAGCAGCCCGUGCAAGAAUGGUGCACCGUGUACAAAUGGCCAGAACCGUUUCACGUGCGCGUGUACUGCAGGAUGGACGGGUGCUGAUUGCAACACAGAUGUAAAUGAAUGUGCGAGUAACCCGUGCAAGAAUGGUGCCACUUGUCACAAUGGACGGAAUCAAUACUCGUGCACGUGCGCUGGUGGUUGGCAAGGGUACAAUUGUGAUCAAGAUAUCAAUGAAUGUUUGAGCGAGCCGUGUCAGAAUGGAGCCACGUGUAACAACUUACAGAACAGUUACACGUGCACAUGUACCGGAGGUUGGCAAGGGACAAAUUGUGACAUUGACAUAGACGAAUGCGCGAGCAAUCCAUGCCAGAAUGGAGCUACAUGUCUAAAUAACCAGAACAACUACGAGUGCGAAUGUGUGCCUGGAUGGCAAGGUGUUAACUGUGACACGGAUAUUGACGAAUGUGCGAGCAACCCAUGUCAUAAUGGUGCCGCGUGCAACAAUUUACUAAAUGAGUACACGUGCGAUUGUACUCCAGGCUGGCAAGGGUAUGACUGUGAUCAGGGGAUAUUGACGAAUGUCUCAGUAGCCCGUGCAUCAAUGGAACGUGUUUCUAAUCUACAAAAUGCAUAUAGAUGCACGUGUUUCCCCCAAUAUACCGCCAGAAACUGUGACUACUUGAUCGGCUCUCCUAUGGACGGACAGUGGGGACAAGUGGGAGGCAUGGCAGGGUUGUUCAGUUACGUUGUGGCACAGGAAGACAGCGCCGUACCAGUUGAUGGAAACUGGGGUGCAUGGUCAGUUGCUGCCCCGUGCCAGUGUUACAUGCGUGGAACUGGAAAAUUCGGUCAGAACAAAGAAACUGUGACAAAAACCCUGCUCCAAGUAAAUGGAGGAAGG